AUGGCGUUUAAGCGAUCCCUGGCUGGCCCAGGAUAUAUCAUUCUGAACGCCAUUCGUGUCUUAAACAUAAUCUGUCUCCUAUCUGUCAUCGCUGCCUGUACGGUCAUGCUGGUCAAGACAUCCCUCGUCAGCAACUUUUUCGUUUUCGAUGCGAUGACAAAUGUGAUAUCCAUUUUUAUCAGCAUCUUCCUCAUUCUCACCGAAGUAAACUUAUUCCCCGUGUACUUUGUCAGUCACUGGCCUGUUUUCGGUUCGGAAUCAGGCUUCCUCGCUCUCGGAGUCACAAUGGUUCUCCUCGGCAUAAUGACUCUAGGUUGUCUAAACAGAGAAGACUUGGCCUCAGAAACCCUGGGUAUCGCCUUCUGGCGAAUCGUCAUUGCCUCCGGCAUUGUCAUCAUAGUCUUCGGAUUCAUUAACAUUAUCACGAACUUCAUCUACCGCGUCAAAAAACAAGGCGUCACAGCCCGACACAUCCGAACCCACGGCGCUAUCGACCUCGACGCCAUAACCAACAGAAACAGCGACGACUACGAUAACAAAAAGAGCAACAGGGGCCUCAGAUCCUUCAUAAUGGGCCACAAUGAUUCCGUUCUGCCCAUCCACCGCACGAAAUCUGAGUCUAACCAUUCUCUCACAUCAAACACCACGCGCUCCUCUUCCCUGCGGGCUGACAGACCUGCGCGAUUCCCGGUGAACACAAAUGCAUCAAAAGGAAACAGCGAGAGCGAACAGUUCGCUAAGUGGGAAGCCGGGAGUCCGGAGAUGAAGAGCCCGGAAAUGAUAGGACCACCGAAUUUAGCAUACCAUCCAGCGCACCAGUCAGGUUGGGAGCGGGAGAGGAUAUAA